AUGCGUAUUGAAGGAAGAGAUUUGGUCGAUCUCGUGCUCUCUUGGUCUCUUCAAGAAGUACUCAACGUGGAUCUUUACAAAGGACAGGUGGGGAGGAUUCCUAUUGAGUUCCAGUCAACAGCUGACUAUUUCAAGUCCUUCAUUCCUCCACUUAUCGAAGAAACACAUGCCGCUUUAGAGUCGAGUAUGAGGACAUUGUGGCGAGCACCUGUCGUUGAAAUAAACUACGUUAUGCCCACCGCAGAGUUUGAGCUUCGUAAUGACUUGUUCUAUAAAGUGCAUUUGAGUAGUCAUACAGUUACUGAUGAGGCUAGUACGCAAUUGAUACCGAAAGAUCUCAUCGUGCUGACAGAUAAAAGGCCAAGUCGUGUUGAUGGCUUCAACAUUUCCAAUGAACCUUAUAUACUUGCUAUGGUGUGUAAGGCAGAUCCAGACAGGCCCAAUUAUGUCACUCUUUUGGCUUCGAAACCCCUUUUUCUUGAGGAUGUCAAGAGGGACAAGAACGAGAAGAAAGAACGCCUUUUCGGUAUGUAUCUGGCGAAUAUAACUACUAACAUCCGUAUUUGGAACGCAUUGCAUCUUGGUUUACAAAGUGGGAACUUGAAUCUUAUCCCAAGAGUCCUUCAAAGAAACAGCGAGGAUGAAGGAGUUUGCAUUCCCUGUCAAUUUGAAGGAAGUGAUGGUCUUGUCCCUCGUCGUUUCCUGAAGCUGAAUCCUUCACAGGAAGAUGCAAUACUGAAUUGUUUGGAUGUUAGAAGAUGUCACCACGCGAAUACCAUAAAACUGAUUUGGGGUCCACCAGGGACAGGGAAGACGAAGACAACAAGUGUAAUGUUGUUCACACUUCUUAAUGCAAAAUGUAGAACCUUGACAUGUGGUCCAACGAAUGUUUCUGUGCUUGAAGUAGCGUCAAGAGUUGUGAAAUUAGUCUCUGGAUCAUUGAAGAAUGGUAACUACGGUCUUGGAGAUGUAGUUUUGUUUGGGAAUGGGGAGAGGAUGAAGAUUAAAGAUAGGAGAGAUCUUGUUGACUUCUUCAUUGAUGAACGCGUUGAUAAGCUUUACCAGUGUUUCAUGCCUUUUUACGGAGGGAGAGCUACUAUUGAUUAUAUGAUACGUUUACUUGAGGACCCGCAAGGACAGUAUCAACAAUACUUGGAGAAUCUGGCACGGGUUAACAAUGUGAAAAGCAAAGACACUGAUUCAGUCUUCAAACGGAAAGGAAAUAACCAUAAGACAAAUCAAAACAAAAGCACAGUUGAACAAGUUGUUUCUGACUUUCAGGAGAACGAUAAACGUCCUCUAUCAUUUCAGGAAUAUCUACCAGAGAGAUUCAGUGAACUUAGGAAAGAUCUGGAGCUUCUUUUCUCAAGAUUAUGCACACAUUUGCCUACUGCUUUGCUCUCAUCUCAAGCCGCAACACAUAUGUAUGAAACUAUUGACCUUGUUAGAGAUGCUACAAUUGUAGCUAUACCAGAUGGUUUGAGUGGUGAAGCACUAAAAUCGGUCCUCAGUGUGAAUGGAGAAGGAAGUGAAAGAUUCAGAAGACAACACGCAACAGUAGAGGAUUACUAUCUAAAGCUGUUAAGAUUGAUCCCUCAGAUUUUCACACUUCCGAGUGUAUGUGAUAGGCAUCUUAUUAAAGAACUUUGCUUGGGGCACGCUUGCCUGCUUUUCUCUACAGCAUCAUGCUCUGCAAGGUUAUACACUGGAUUACCGGUACAGCUUCUUGUGAUCGACGAAGCUGCUCAACUGAAAGAAUGUGAGACAGCCAUUCCUCUGUUGCUUCCCGGAUUCCGGCAUUCAAUUUUGAUUGGGGAUGAGAGGCAGCUUCCUGCAAUGGUCGAAAGCCAGAUUGCUUUAGAGGCAGGAUUUGGGAGAAGUCUAUUUGAAAGAUUGGCCAUUCUUGGACAUAAUAAAUACUUGCUAAACAUCCAAUACCGGAUGCACCGGUCAAUAAGUAUCUUCCCAAACAAAGAGUUCUAUGGAAUGAAGAUUCUAGAUGCUCCAGUGGUCAGACAAAGAAACUACACAAAGCAAUAUCUUCCUGGACAAAUGUAUGGACCCUUCUCUUUCAUCAACAUAGCAUAUGGAGAAGAACAAUAUGGGGAAGGACGUAGUCUGAAAAACAACGUUGAGGUUGCUGUGGUCUCAGAUAUAAUAGCCAACCUUCUCCAAGUCUCGGAGAAAACAAAGACACGCAUAAACGUUGGUGUGAUAUCUCCUUAUAAGGCUCAAAUAUUUGCAAUUCAAGAAAAGAUACAGGAAACAUGUAGUGGUGGUGCAGGAGGACAAUUCUCGCUGAAAAUUCGGUCUGUGGAUGGGUUUCAAGGUGGCGAAGAGGAUAUUAUAAUAGUUUCAACUGUUAGGUCCAAUGGUAUUGGAAGGAUUGGGUUCCUUGCAAACCGUCGGAGAACAAAUGUAUUACUCACUCGAGCAAGGUUCUGCUUAUGGAUACUUGGAAAUGAGGCAACUUUGAUGAACAGCAAGUCUGUAUGGAGGAAUCUGAUACAAGACUCAAAGGAACGCAAUUGUUUUUAUAAUGCCGAAGAAGACAAGUCAUUAGCUCAGGCUAUCGCUAGUGCAAAAAUCGAGUUUAUCCAGCAUGAUAGACCACUGAACAGUUCAAAAUGGAAGGUUUGCUUCAGUGACGACUUCAAGAAAUAUGUGGGAGAAAUUAAGAGCCCGGAGACUUACAAGAAAAUUAGGAGUUUUGUAGAAAGGAUAUCACAGGGUUGGCUUCAUGAAGAGGAUUCGGCGAGAGACAAUCUUGUUUCCUCCUCUCAGCUGUUAAAACAAAGCAAGAUCGACGAUGUUCUAAGGCUCAUUUGGGCUGUAGACAUUCUUAAGGAAGAGUUUCACUAUGUCCAAGUUCUGAAAGUUUGGAAUGUUGUGCCACUAUCUGAUGCUUAUGAAGCUGUAAAACGUCUAGACUCAAGCCAUAUGAAAUAUACAAGAGACGAGAUAGAAAAGUGCAGAGCUAGAUGUAUCAGAGGGGAUAUAGUUGUACCCUUGAGAUGGUCUGUUCAGUCAACAAAUGGCAUGCAUGAAAAUACCUCAAUGGUUUGUUCGAGUGAUGUUAUGGAGACAUUGGAAUCACUCAACCUUGUGGGAGAAACGUUGACUUAUGGACCAUCCAUUGACUCUCGGGAACCUCUGGAUAUUAAUAAAGGAGCAGGAUAUCGAAGUAGACCGGUUAGCUGA